AUGCCGCAGCUCUUCCCAGCCAAUCCAGCAGCGACCAUGGUGAUCCGCAAUGUGACACCAGACAUAGUGACCAUGAGCCUGCCAUUUGCGCGGUUCGGCCGCCUGCAAUUCGGCGGAAGAGGCACACUGGUCAAGCUCUCCACCGGUUCCCUCGCAGUCUUCUCACCAGUCAACCUCACCCCAGAAGUCCGCGAGACAGUCGAAUCCCUCGGUGGCAAUGUGCGCUACAUCGCUGCCCCAGACCUAGAGCACCACCUGCACCUAACCCCGUGGAAAAAAGCCUACCCACAAGCCGAGAUUCUAGCACCAGAAGGCCUCUUCGAGAAACGCCAGUCGAAUCCUGAGUACGCAGAUACCCCGUUCGAACACAUUUUCAAGAAAGAAGAUAAGCUCCCGCGUUCGAUCUCGAAGGAGUUCGAUGCGGACUUUGAGACGGAGUAUGUGCACGGCCAUGGCUCGCGCGAGCUAGUCUUCCUGCACAAACCGACGCGCACGAUCAUCGAGGCUGAUAUGCUGUUUAAUUUGCCUGCUACCGAACAGUACUCUAAGACGCCUGAGGGGUCGAAGUUGAAUUUCUUGACCAAGUUGUUGUUGCCGUUGAUGUCGACUAAGCCACCUGCUACUUGGCAUCGUCGGUUUGCGUGGUAUAUUCUUUCUUCGCAGAACCGGUCUGCUUUUAAUGAGUCUGUUAGAAGGAUUGAGACGUGGGAUUUCGAUCGCUUGAUUCCGUGUCAUGGUGAUACUAUUGAGACUGGUGCUAAGGGUGUGUGGCGCGAUGUCAUGGCAUGGCACUUGCCCGAUCAGAAGGAUGUUUAG